CUUCCGGUCAGUGGACUAACAGUCUAGGCGAGCGCAGCAGCACUGCAAGUCGUGGAGCGAUGGUGCUCGGUGAUUAGAGACGUUAGUUUAUGAAACAGCAAAAGGGAGACACGGACGACAAAGACCCCGCAUCUAACGGAGAAUAUGAGCAAGGAGGACGCGUCAUGUCGGCCGGCUUCUUUGAAGUUCACCAUUGACAACAUCCUCAACUCCAAGUCGAGCAGCAGAAACUUUGACAGCUGUCAUUCAAAGACAUCGCUCGUAAUGUGUCGGGAUGGUUGUCUGCAUCAUCCCGGAGAGAGCGAGGGUCCAUGCAAAGAAGGGUCAGAUGCACGAUUGCACACCAUUGAUAAAGUCAACAGAGAGCGAGAUGGGACUGUGGACGCGCUCAAAACCGUCGACACGCGCAGCGAGAGCGCGGACAGCUGCGACGACGGGCAACAAAAGAACAACAGCAAGAAGAAUAAACUAAUGACGAAAAAGAAAACGCGCACUAUAUUUUCAAAAAGACAGAUCUUCCAACUGGAAUCUACGUUUGACAUGAAACGCUAUCUGAGCAGCGCGGAGCGCGCGUGCCUGGCGAACUCUUUGCAGCUUACCGAGACUCAAGUAAAAAUUUGGUUUCAGAAUCGACGGAAUAAAUUAAAAAGACAACUGUCUACUGAACUGGAGGGACCGACGAGCGAUUUCGGUGAUGUUGGAAAGACGGUGCCGCUGCCAACUUUAUAUACUAAAGAGAAUAAUCUGCUCGGAAGGUGCGUGCUUCCAAUGCCUCUACCAGUCGUGUAUCCUGGAGGUAGCGCGCCUUACUUUUAUUUCUCAAACGCCAGCAAGUAUUUCAGCCUGUUUGAUGGAGAUAUAUGACUUAGGGCCUAGAAAAGACCCUCGCACAGGGGACGCAGUAGCUCUAAUAACAAAAACUGACAACACGGCCCAAUUCAAAUUUUGAUAAGCAUUGUCGGCCUUUUUGUGUGUUUUGCUGAGAACAUUGUUCAGCUAUCGGUCAGUAAAGAAGCUGGCUUGUAUUUCUAUGCAAAAGCCUAUAUUAUUUAUUGUAUGCUGUACAAAAGUUUAUAUAGGCCUAAAUAAUAACACCUUGCAUAUUAUAACCCGAUUACAGUGCAUCAGCCAUACUGUCAGAAUUGCCAGUGCCAAUCACUCUGUCACAUGGCAGGACAUCAUACCACAAAUGUUUUACUGUUUACAUUAUCAUUAUUAUUAUUAUUAUUAUUAUUAUUAUUAUUAUUAUUUUACAUCUCCACCAAAGAACGAUUAUUGAUGCAUGCAUUUGUAUUUUAAAUGGCCCUCUAAUUUCAAAAUGAGCAAUUAAAACGUAUUUAAGUGAA